ACUAAUCAUUCCAAGAUCUAAGUGCACACGACGUUCGUGGUGCAUCUCCUCUAAGAGGAGACAACACUCAAAUACAUGUACUUAUUAUUUCCCUUUAGGUUUCGCGCACUUUUUAUCGGGCAAGCUAAACCAAACACCAAGCGCGUGUAAUUUACACUAAUACUGACUGCCGUGCCCAAGGCCUUAUGCAGAUAGUGGUGCACUUACGAUUUUUAGUCGUCUUAUAGUACAGCCUGUAGUAAUGCCAGGCAGCUAGCAAAGUUAAUUGUUACUAAUAGAUUGUGAUGCCAAAGCAGCGCAGUUACCAGCAAUGAGUAAAACUUCCCCCACAAGUGAGCCAUUGGAAUCCAAGAAAACAUCUGCUAAGCUUAAGAAAAUCAGACUGAAUAAAAAGCAAGCAGAUAGUAAUUGCCAUAGAUCUAAUGGUGAUUCAUUACAGAAUUUCAAAAUCAGAAAUGAAGAUGUGAACAUGAGAGCACAGAAUGGGAAAACUUUUAUUCAAAAUCGAAAAAAGGAAAAAUCCUUGAGUCCCAAGAGGAAGAAAUCAGCUGUGCAAAGUAAGUCAAUGUCUGCAUGUAAGGAUGAAGAAGAUGCAAUUAGUGUGCAACAGAAGGGAUUAUCUUUUGAUGAUUCAUGUAAGGUAUUGCUUGGUGAAAGUGGUAAACCAAUGACUCGACUGAGAAGGAAAAGACUAAUACAUGCAGCAAGGAUCAGAGAAGAAAACAAGACAUUGGAGAGAGAUACAAAAGCGAAAAGAGUUUUAAAAGCUUCAAUAGUCAGAUUAUCACAAGAUGAGGGUUAUUCUCAAAGUAAAGAAGGAAAGAGAAGAGGGGUUAAUUCUAAGAAAACAAAAUUUGAAGAGUGCCAGAAUGACAAGCAUGAUUUUCUACUUGACACCAAGACAAAUAUCAAAAAGGAAAGAGCAUUGGCCGAAGGUUGCCUUGAUUUUGAGAGUGAGUCUGUUGCCAACUCUCACAUACCUGGCAAACUGAUUGGAGCCCAUUGUUCCAUUGCAGGUGGUCUUCAUAAAGCAGUUGAAGAGGCAGUGUCUAUGGGUGCUCGUGCCUUUGGUCUUUUUCUUAAAUCCCAGCGUUCCUGGACAGCAAAGCCACUUGACUCUGUUGCAGCAGCAAAGUUCAAGGAAGCAUGCACACUGCACAAUUUUUCACCCAGUUCUAUCCUGCCUCAUGGAUCCUACCUUCUUAAUUGUGGAUCUCCAAGUCCAGAAACACUAGAGAAAAGUCGGGAAGCUUUACUGGAUGAACUUCAAAGGUGUGAAGCACUGGGUCUCACACUUUUCAAUUUUCAUCCAGGGUCCACGUGUGGGCAGAUCAGUGUUGGUGAUUGUCUUGAUAAGAUUGCAGACUGCAUCAACUGGGCACAUGAUCAGACCAAGUUUGUAGUAACAGUCAUUGAAAACAUGAGUUGCCAGGGCAACACAGUUGGUGGUCAUUUUGAGGAACUGAGGGGCAUCAUUGACAGGGUUAAAGACAAGUCACGUAUUGGAGUCUGUCUGGAUACAUGUCAUGCAUUUGCAGCUGGGUUUGACCUAUCAACUGAGAAAGGAUACACGCAAUUUGUUUGCGACUUUGACAGAAUUGUAGGUAUGAAAUAUCUCAAGGCCAUGCAUCUGAAUGACUCUAAAGGGGCUGUGGGCUGUCACUUAGACAGGCAUGAAAAUAUUGGAAAAGGGAAAAUUGGACUUGAAGGUUUUAAGCGCUUCAUGGUGGACCCUAAAUUUGAUGGGAUACCAAUGAUCCUAGAAACCCCUUGGGGCAACUACAGUGAAGAAAUAAAACUUCUAAACUACAUGGCAGCCUCUGCCUGCAAAUGAUCUGAAAAGAUGAUCAAAGAGAGAACCGGGACAUGGCACAUACAUCAAUUAUUUUGAUUGCCUUUGUGUUUGUUGUUUUGAUUUGUACACACAAAGAUUAUCAAAGUUU